AUGUGGCUGUUAUUACAAAAAUCACAAUAUCAAGAGGGUCAAACUUUCAUUGACGCUUGCAACACUUGCCGUUGUAUAAACGGACAAGUAGAUUGUACAACAAGAGUCUGUCAAUGUACUUACCAAGGACGGACCUAUAAUAUUGGCCAAAGAUUUGGUGAAUGUGAUGAAUGUCAAUGUUUGUUUAGUGGUACAGUCCAGUGUUCUAACAAGCGAUGCAAAUGCAUUUAUAACGGAAAUACCUACCGAAUUGGAGAAACAUUUCCAAACGGCUGCAAUACAUGCACGUGUAAAAUUGAUGGUAGUGUAGACUGCACUACAAAUCCAUGUACCUGUACAUACAAACACAGGGUUUAUAAUAUGGGACAGAAAUUCACUGAUGACUGUAAUACUUGUACAUGCCAACAUAACGGUCAAGUUGCGUGCACAUAUAGAAUGUGCAAAUGUAGUUAUAACAACCAGUUUUAUAAUAUAGGUCAAACAUUUAGAAAUGGAUGUAAUACGUGCACAUGCCAAGCCGAUGGUACCGUAGACUGCACUACAAAUCCAUGUACCUGUACUUACAAUCAUAAAGUUUAUAAUAUCGGACAGGCAUUCACUGAUGACUGUAACACUUGUACAUGUCAGCAUAACGGACAAGUAGAGUGCACAUAUAAAACGUGUCGAUGUACACGGAAAGGACGGUCUUAUAAAAUUGGUCAGACAUUUCAAGAAGAUUGUAACCAAUGCCAAUGUUUAUCAACUGGAUAUGUUCAAUGUACAACCAACGUUUGCAAAUGUACUUACAACAACCAGCUUUAUAAUGUAGGUCAAACAUUUAGACAAGGUUGUAAUACAUGUACGUGUGAAGUGAACGGUAGAGUCAGCUGUACUAAUAACCCUUGUAAUUGCUUAUACAAUGGAAACACCUAUGGAAUAGGGGAUUCAUUUAGAAAGGAUUGUAACACGUGCACAUGCAAAGCCGAUGGUACUGUAGGCUGUACUACUAAUCUAUGUACCUGCAAUUACAACGGCAAGCAUUACGACAUUGGUUCUAUAUGGUAUAAUGAUUGCAACAAAUGUCAGUGCACUUCUGAGGGAAGGGUGGUUUGUGAGCAGAAAACAUGCACGAAACCCUGUAUACACAAAGGGAAAACCUAUUCUGCUGGCGAAACAUUUAAAGAUGACUGCAACACCUGUACAUGCGGACAGUUUGGUCAAGUAUCCUGUACUAAAAUGUACUGUCCCCCAACUACAUGCCAAUAUUAUGGGAAAACUAUCCCAGAUGGAAAAACAUUUAUGACUCAAGAUAGAUGCAAUGUUUGUCGUUGUUCAAAUGGAAAUGUCAAGUGUACCAAAUACAAUUGUUAUAAAGAGAGGCGACGUUACUGAUGAAGAACAGUUAAUUUAUAUUGAUAUUUUUAAGAAUUGUAAAUAUUACAAACAUAACGUUUUUAAAUAAAACAUAUAUCUGCCGAAC